AUGGCAAGCGGCGCCACCGCGCCGCCUAUAGCAAUGGCUAAUCCUCCGCACUCCCUUCUCGACCAAGACACCAGUACCGUAUCCUCUCCGCUCAGCGAAGUCGUCGAGGACAAGGACACCGAACACAUGGAUGUUGACAUUAAGAGUAACCCCUCCGAUGACGACGAACCCGAGCAGAUUGAGAACGGCCAAGCGGGUGAGUCCGCUGCCAACGAAGACUCUGAGUCCUUGAGUGAAAUCGACUCCGAGGCAAGCACAGAGCGACUCUACGAUACCCCGCGCAAGGGCAACGGACAGCUCAACAAUACAGCUUCAAACCCCGACUACCAGAAAGAGCCACAAACUGACAAGGUCCUCCGCUCCUUCAACCGAAGCCCUACCAAGCUACAAGAGCAAUUACAAGCUAGUGCGGGCAUGGCGUCUGGCGACGAUGAUAAUGAAGAUCUCUCCGAGGCCUCUGUAGGCGAAAGCGAGGCUGAUUCAGACAAAGACACUGGAAAAUCACAAAGGAGCUCUCGUUCUUUACACCUAAAAACCCGGCAGUCGCACGUCGUGGCAAGCGACGAGCCCUCGACUGAGUCAAGAAAGCGCAAGCGACCGGCUCCGGUAGGGCAGUCUAGCGACAACGAGCAUCCCCGCAAGAGAGCCAACUCCGUCAUUGAGCCUAGCGACGCGGUCUCUUCGUUGUCUAAGGUGCUGUCUGAAGAGCUGGGGCGGGCCAACUCGACAGGCGGCAAGAGCGCUGAGCAAUCCGGUGCCGAGAACGACGACACAAUAAUCAAGGAGGACGCCGAUACUAUCGCGGAAUCGGUCGAAAAGCCUACAAACGAGCUCCUUACCAGAUCCAGAAAGUCGAGGCGCAGUACGCCUAAGAGGUGGAAGACUUCUGCAGACGAAGCCCCAGUGGAGACCCACGAGACUGAGGAGCCGGCUGCAGAAAACGGCCAGCCGCCAGAGGACGAGCCGAUUGAAACGGCUGAGGUUGAUGAAGAGGCCGAGAUUGCGCACAAAAAUGAAGAAGAAUUGGAGAGAAAACGUCAUGCUUUUGACCAGCUAGGAACGAUCGAGAAGCAAUUUGCAGUUCUGCGGGAUCGACUAUACGAAGAGCGACUCGCGCAGCUCAACGAAGAGCAGGCAUUAUUGGAGGGCGACAACCCGACCCAUCCCGAAUACCUUGCGAUGAUGCAGUGCAUCGACAGCCGCCGUGACGACAAAGUGAGAGUAACCGAAAUAGAGUACCAGUACAAUAUGGACGCCCUGGAUCGGUGGGCUGUAGCCCGUCGAGCCCAGAUCUUGUCUCAAUUUUACCAGAGCGUGCGGGAAUCAAGAGAAAAAACGCUGGACGAGCUCGGGAAACAAUGGUACGAGAUACAACACGAGCGCAGGAAGAAUGCCAAUCCGAUACCGGAUUAUGGGUUUCGAUUUCCCAAGACGAAGGCGUUGCAGAAGAAGCAAGCAAUUGCGCACAGCAAAGAGACUUCGAUUCUGGCUGGUGUUGCCCAACACCAUGGGUUCCCUGCUGCGCCUGAGAUGAAGGCUGCAUCGCGGGCCGAAAUUGAGGACGACUUUGAAGCUAUGCAUCCCACGCUUAAUGAGUAUGGAGCAGUGCCCUUUGGGCGGACCCUAGGACCGGCCGGGGAACAAUUCUUGGAGCAGACACCGUGGGCCAACCCAAAGCACCCAUCCCAUGGCUCACGACGGCACUCGCAUGAUCCAGAAACAGGGCAUGCGCGAAAGGUGGCUGAAGCCCGCCACAUCUGA